UCAUCCAGAGAGUAGUAACGCUAAGAGAAGGAAAAUGGCAGAAGUAGCACCAGCUCCAGCCGCCGCCCCGGCGAAAGCAGCCAAGAAGAAGGCGGCAACCAAGCCCAGGAAAGUCGGUCCGAGCGUCAGCGAGCUUAUCGUCAAAGCUGUGGCCGCAUCCAAGGAGCGCAGCGGCGUGUCUGCAGCUGCCCUCAAGAAGAACCUGGCUGCCGGAGGCUACGAUGUGGACAAGAACAAGUCCCGCGUCAAGAUCGCCAUCAAGAGCCUGGUGGCGAAGGGGAUUCUGGUCCAGACCAAGGGGACCGGAGCAUCCGGCUCCUUCAAGAUGAACAAGAAGGUGGCCGAGCCCAAAGCCAAGAAGCCCGCAACCAAGAAAGCCGCUCCUAAAGCCAAGAAGCCCGCAGCAAAGAAAGCCGCAGCGGCCAAAAAGCCCAAAGCAGCGGCAGCCAAGAAGCCAGCAGCCGCCGCUAAGAAAUCCCCGAAGAAGGCCAAGAAACCCGCAGCGGCAGCUAAGAAAGCAACCAAGAGCCCCAAGAAGGCCAAGAGUCCCAAGAAAGUGGCAGCAAAGAAGCCCGCAGCAGCCAAGAAAGCUCCCGCUAAGAAGGCUGCAAAGCCCAAAGUCAAGAAAGUAGCACCCAAGAAGAAGUGAGCUGUUGCUGAAGCAGAAACGUUCUUCCAAACGGCUCUUUUAAGAGCCACCCACCUCACUUUAAAGAGUUUAUUCCGGUGUGUUGAGUCUUGAUAUAUAGUUACUAAUAAUUAUGUUACUACAAUCAAUCACGUCUUUUAAUAAGAUGAGAUGCGUGUGAGCCAGCAUAUAUACAGGUUUGCAGAUGUGCUGAGUACAGGCUGGAUGUUGCCAACCUGAGCAAUGGUGACUAGGUUUUGUAAAUAUCUUUUGAUCACAUUGACAAGUACAUACACAGAUCACAAACAAAAUUUUAAAAUUCUCUCACUCACCACUGUAUCUGUUCACAUGGUGGGUUCCUUUUACCCACUCCUGAUGUUAACAGCGAGGCAUCACCUCUGUGUCAUUUUUGCUUUAAUGCUGUACUAAAUUUAUCCCUACCCACCUUUUCUUCUCUAAUUUCAAAGCCUGGGGAUUAAUGCAAGAUUUUUUUUUUUUCAAAAUAAAUUGUUACUGUAAUUUUUAUUUGGCUCAGUCCAGCAUUUUUUGAUUUGACAAUGCUAUGAUACU